ACUGGUCAGCUCUAGGGUCCGGGCUGUAAAAGGGAGACAACUAGGUCGUCUUCUGGCACUUAGGUGCUCCCUUAAUCUACACAGGCACUCCUACCUCUAACUUUUAUUUUAAACGGCCUUUUAGGACCGGAAGUCCUUCAUCUUGAGCGUCCAAUGCUGGAAGCAGCCUUUCUUUACCGGAAACCCUAUCCCAGGACCUAGGAAGACGGCCCACCUGGCCGGAAGUCCCACCUCCUUGAGCUCCCCCACCCUUCCAGAAGUUUUUCUGUCACCUGUGUUUACCUCUCUACCCUUCCCCUGUUUUAUCCCCAUACCAGGAAAGGAUACGUUUAGUGUCUUCCUCCCAGGUCCUCUAAACGCCUUGGGUAUCUCACUCCCCGAGCCGUGGUUCCUUCCGUGCGUCCCCAUGUAGCUGGAAAGUGGGACCUGGGGAUGGUUGGACCCCUAGGAUUCUGUAGGAGCGGAGAGGGCGCCGAACUCCGCCUCUGCUCCUGCUACGGGAACGCGGCCUCCUCAACUCUUCCCCUCUUGCUGCCAUGCACCCUGCGGCCUUCCCGCUUCCUGUAGUUGUUGUGGCCUCUGUGCUUUGGGGAGCGGCCCCCAUCCGGGGGCUCAUUCGAGCGACCUCGGACCACAAUACCAGCAUGGAUUUUGCAGACCUCCCAGCUCUCUUUGGGGCUGCCUUGAGCCAGGAGGGACUUCAGGGCUUCCUUGUAGAGGCUCACCCAGCGAAUGCCUGCAGCCCCAUUGCUCCACCACCCCCAGCCCCGGUCAAUGGGUCAGUCUUUAUUGCACUGCUUCGAAGAUUCGACUGCAACUUUGACCUCAAGGUCCUGAAUGCUCAGAAGGCUGGGUAUGGUGCAGCUGUAGUACACAAUGUGAAUUCCAAUGAACUUCUGAGCAUGGUGUGGAAUAGUGAGGAAAUCCAGCAGCAGAUCUGGAUCCCGUCUGUGUUUAUUGGGGAGAGGAGCUCUGAGUACCUGCGUGCCCUCUUUGUCUACGAGAAGGGAGCUCGGGUUCUUCUGGUCCCAGACAAUAGCUUCCCAUUGGGUUAUUACCUCAUCCCUUUCACGGGGAUUGUGGGACUGCUGGUUUUGGCCAUGGGAGCAGUGAUGAUAGCUCGUUGUAUCCAGCACCGGAAACGGCUGCAGCGUAAUCGACUGACCAAAGAGCAACUGAAACAGAUUCCAACACAUGACUAUCAAAAGGGAGACCAAUAUGAUGUCUGUGCCAUCUGCCUGGAUGAGUAUGUGGAUGGUGACAAGCUGAGGGUACUCCCCUGUGCUCAUGCCUAUCACAGCCGCUGUGUGGACCCCUGGCUCACUCAGACCCGGAAGACCUGCCCCAUCUGCAAACAGCCUGUCCAUCGAGGUCCUGGGGAUGAGGAGCAGGAAGAAGAAACUCAGGGGCAAGAUGGUGAUGAGGAAGGGGAACCAAGUGACCAUCCUGCCUCAGAGCGGACCCCACUUUUGGGCUCUAGCCCCACAGUUCCCACCUCUUUUGGCUCCCUGUCCUCAGCCCCUCCUGUUUCCCCUGGGUCUUCAACAGAUCUCCCACCCUCUCCUCCCUCUUCAACUGCCAUCCUGGUCUAAUACUCUCCUAAUCACCCCAUCCCUGGUGACCUAUUUUGCACAGCCUCUUCCUCUCUAUUCUGUCAAGGGAUGGACAUUUUUCCCCUAGGUUUUUCCCUUAACCCAACCCCAUCCUUUUGAGGGGGUUGGUGCAAAGGGACUGGGUCUUCAUUUAUUGGGUUAAUAAAGUUGUUUUGUCAACUAAA